AUGUCUGUGAGCGCCAGCGCUGAAAAUCUGUCAACAGAUGCCCAAAGUUGUGAUGGAGGGUCCAUGUGCCUAGAGUUAGCGUUAGAAGGUGAAAGACUGUGCAAGGCUGGUGACUGCCGGGCAGGAGUCGCUUUCUUCCAGGCGGCUAUACAAGCAGGAACGGAUGAUCUACGCACCCUAAGCGCUAUCUACAGUCAACUUGGCAACGCUUAUUUUUACUUGGGCGACUACAACAAAGCAAUGCAGUACCAUAAACACGACCUAACUUUAGCUAGGACAAUAAACGACAAGCUUGGCGAAGCUAAAGCUUCAGGAAAUCUUGGCAACACUUUAAAGGUCAUGGGAAAGUUUGCUGAAGCUAUACAGUGUUGCAAGCGCCAUCUUGAAAUAUCGAGAUCCCUUGGCGACAAAUUGAGCGAAGGACGCGCACUCUACAACUUGGGCAAUGUAUACCAUGCGCAGGGAAAGCAUUUGGGGCGUGUUGGUCAAAAUGAUCCCGGCCACUUUCCCCAGGAAGUACGGGAGUGUCUUUUGCAGGCAGUCGCUUAUUACGAGGAAAAUCUCGAACUGAUGCGUAGCCUAGGCGACAGACAAGCAAUGGGUCGGGCUUGCGGUAAUCUCGGAAACACCUGUUACUUACUAGGUGAUUUCACACGUGCGAUCCGAUAUCACACGGAGAGGUUAACGAUUGCGAGAGAAGUUGGUGAUAAGGCUGCAGAGCGUCGAGCUAAUAGCAAUCUUGGGAACUCUCAUAUAUUUCUUGGACAAUUUGAAAAUGCUGCUGAACACUAUAAGCGCACCCUCGCUCUAGCCGAGGAGUUGGGAGACGCUGCAGUGGAAGCCCAGGCUUGCUAUUCCCUAGGCAACACUUACACCUUACUCCGGGAAUAUCGUGUGGCCGAAGAGUACCAUGCACGACAUUUGGCCGCUGCCAGGAAACUGCAAGACCGAGUUGGAGAGGGUAGAGCUUGUUGGUCUCUAGGAAACGCCCACGCUGCGCUCGGAAACCACGAGAAGGCGUUAUACUACGCUAAGGAACAUUACAAUAUUUCUAAGGAGGUCAGUGACGUGUUGGGAAUGGCUACCGCUCAGAUGAACAUCGGUGACUUGUGCAAAGUGCUGGGCUUGCCUAACGAAGCGGAUACGCCUGCUGAGGCCACGUCUCCGCCUGUUUCUAUGGCUUCGAGUGAAGACGGUGCACGAACUCCUUUUAACGCUCUACGUGUUCGUCGCCAGAGCAUGGAGCAGUUGUCUUUGAUUCAGAUAACACCUGAUGGUAAAAGAAAGGAGGAGGAGAAGGAGGCUGUUGAGCAUCCAAAGAUGGUAAGGGCUGAAUCAGAGGACAAUCCCACUGAGUCGUUCUUCGAAUUGCUGAGCCGUUGUCAAUCAGGGCGUAUGGAUGAACAACGUGCGACUCUAAAUUCUAAUAAGGAAAAUCGUCCGAGGUCUAAGAGCGGAAAGCUACAACGUUCCGCUAGCAGCAGUGAUAAAAACAUCGGCAACAACGAGGACAUGCUGAACAUGAUAACGGACCUACAGUCGGAACGCAUAGACUCGCAACGCGCGGAGCUUCCUCCCGCUGUAAAGAAGCCAAAUAAAGAUAAUAAAGGUGCCUCUCUGCCGGGACUUCGUCCAAAGCAGACCACAAGCACUAAGCCCGAUGACGACUUCCUCGAUAUGAUCGCACGUGUCCAGGACACCCGUCUUGAUGACCAGCGUACUGAGCUCCCUCGUCCGAAACCCGAAGAACGUCCUAAGACAUUGCCGGAUGACGAUUUCUUUGCACUGCUGAUGCGCGCCCAAUCAAGCCGCAUGGAAGAUCAGCGAGCUAGCAUUCCGUUGAAGGAAACUCGCGCCAACAAGGGCGAUUUAAACUCAAAGAAGUAA